UCGAUUUAGUUGUUGUUCGGCAGCCUUUAAGGAAGCUAUAUAGUGCUCCAGCACUACUUGGUGAAUAAAAACGAAACAAUAUAACGGCAAACUUAAUUUAACGUACUUACACUAUGGAAGAGUUUCUAGGUGAUACGGAUACCUUUGAGGAUUAUAACCUCUUAUACGAAAUGGCGACUUUUGAACAUUUCGUGAACCACGACCCCCAACCGCGAAAGUGCAGUGAAAUACUUAAAUGUGAUAAAAAUAAAUUCAUGUUCAUUUGUUCGCAAUGCGAAAGUGAAUUUGAAAAUUCAGACGACUAUUAUAUACAUCAGAUUUUGGAACACCAAGGCCAAAAGUCCGAUGACGAACUGGAUACUUGGUAUGAAAGGGAACUUUUUGAUGAAUUUAUUGAACAAUCGGAACCUUCGGAAUCAUCCGAACCUUCGGAAUCAUCCGAACAAUCAUCAGACUCGUCUCCAAAAUUACUCAAAGAAUUCUACGAAAAUGUCAACAAGAUCCUAGAUGACGAAAAUUCAAACUUCAUACCUACCGAAGACCAUGACAACACAAAUACACCCGUCGUUGAGACACAAUCUAUUGAGCUAACACCUCUAGUCGUAUAUCAACACCAGCCAACAGAAAUUAUUGUAUCAUUAGAACCAACACAACAAAUUCCUAUUCCAGAACCUACACAACAAAUUCCUAUUUCAGAACCUACACAACAAAGUCCUAUUCCAACUCCUGCACCCGUAAAAACCAUCAAAGCACCUAGUAAGACGACUGAAGGUAAAAGAAAAAAGCAACGUACAUCCGGUCAAUGUGACGUUUGCAAUCGAUCAUUCAACGACUUGUAUAAUCUGCGUAUUCACAAAAUGAUUCACACUGGCGAAAUGCCAUUUCAAUGCGAAGAAUGUGGAAAAGGAUUUCGCCAAUACAAUAAGCUUAAAAUCCAUUCAAUCACCCACACAAAUAAUAAACCUUUUGUUUGUGAUAUAUGCGAUAAAGGAUUCCGAUAUCGAAACUAUCUGGCUAUUCAUAAGCGAUUACAUACUGGAGAAAAGCCCUACAAAUGCAAACUCUGUGAUGAACACUUCCAUUCGCUGCACAAUCGUCGUUUGCACUUCAAGUCAAUCCACCUUCAAGUCGAGGAGAAUUUAACCUGUGAUAUUUGUGACAAGACUUUCUCGACCAAGUUUUACCUUCGAGUACAUAUGAGCCGCCAUAAUGCCUUAACCGAUAUUAAAUGUUUAGUAUGUGAGAAAACCUUCCCUUCGGAGGUGAAAUUUAAAGAGCACUUGGAAACGCAUGCUGUUGAUAGUCCUUCGUGGUGUGAAAUAUGUCAUAUAACGUUCCCGCGAAGAACAAUUUAUAAGGAACACCUUCUUAAGGCCCACUUCAUUGCUCGCCCUUUUCUUUGCCGUAUUUGCAGUAAGACUUUCGCACAAAACUCAGAACUGUAUGCACACGAAUGUGUUUGCACAACAAAAAGUCAAGUGCUAGAUAUAAGUAAAUAAUUCAUUGCGGAUUGUUCUGGGUUAUUACCAUACAGCAAAGCAAUUAUGUUUAGACUCAAAUCAAAUUGCCUUAAUAGUGCAUCUGAUUGUGGA